AUGGGCAAGGGUCGCGACAAGCGAAAGAAGCACGAGGAUCCCUCAAAGGCUGCACGACGAGCAUGCAAACAAGCACUUAAGUUGGCAAAAGGACGAGGGGUCCGUACCAAUGAUGCGGGUGGCGAUGGUGAAGGAGGCUUCAACAAUGAGGAAGCCCCAGAGGUGACGCUGAACCGCAUCCGAAAAGUUGAGAGUAAAACCCGCACAACACUUGAGCAAGAAAAUGUGCCACCACCAACACCACGCGCUAACGUUGUUUUUGCGCCGCAUCCAGCUCGAGAUCAGGAGCUACUUAUAUUUGGAGGGGAGUAUUGGGACGGCGUGAGCACGGUGGUGUAUAAUGACUUGUAUUUUUAUCAUACGAAGCGGAAUACGUGGGCCAAGUUAGUAACGGCCGUAAAUCCACCACCGCGUAGCAGCAGCCAAGGAUUAGUGUACAAACACUACUUUCUUAUUUGUGGUGGUGAGUUUGUGUCGCAGUCGCAGUCACAGUUCCUUCACUUCAAGGAUGUGUGGCGCUUCGAUGCCCGGAAGUACGAGUGGGAGGAACUAAAAACUUUGAGGGGUGGCCCAUCAUCUCGAAGUGGCCAUCGGAUGUGCAUGUGGCGCCGUAACGCCGUACUCUUUGGGGGGUUCUACGAUAACGCACAGGAGUGUCACUAUUAUAAUGAUUUGUGGGUGCUUUCACAUCUUGACGGCGCAGGGAAAUGGACGGCAGUCAAGACGGCUCCACAUGGCGAAUCCCCUCACGCACGCAGUGGUCACUGCAUGGCUGUGCAUGACGACACUUUAUUUGUGUAUGGUGGAUAUUCCACAGAAAAGUUUAACCGCUUCAAGAAGUCGGAGGCAACGGUACACCACGACCUUUGGACGAUUAAGCUGCCGAAAGAUAUGUUUGACGGUGGUAACAGCAAACCAGCUGACCAGGACGGUGAGAAUUUUGUUUUUUGGACAAAAGUGAGGCUUGGAGGCAUUCCACCACCAAUCUGCUGCGGUGUUAGCUGUGCCUUCAAGGACAAAAAGAUGUAUCUUUUUGGAGGCGUGGUGGAUGUGGAGUCGCCUGGAGGGAAGAUGAUUUCGAGUUUCAACAACGAUUUAUUCAUCUUUCAUAUGGAUACUAAUCGGUUCUAUCCUGUUGUGUUGCGUGCAAAGCAAGGAGGGUUGGUAGGAGGCACCGGAAAAGUAUCCGGCGGACAGGGCAUGAGUCUUGAAGAGGAACUAAAGGCCUUGCAGCUGCAGCAUCUUGCGAGUGAGGGCUCUACCGCUGGGGCUGGUGGUGACGGCGACGGCGAAUCUAGUAGCGAAGAUGACAACGAUGAUGAUGAUGAUGAUGCAGAAAAUGGAACCGGACACGACACAGUUGAUGCCCGCAAACUUAAGGAGAGUUUUGAAGUGAACAAACGAGGCCAAGUUUAUCCCCAUCGACGCAUGGAUGCUGCCAUGCUCGUUGUGGGCAAUACAUUGUACAUCUUCGGUGGUCAGUUUGAAUGUGGUGCACGUGAAGUUACCAUGUGUGAUUUGUUCUCCCUCAACCUCAAUACAUGUGACACGUUCCGUGUGUUGCUUUCACAGGACCUUUCGAGCGCUGUUUGGCUUGGGAAGGAUGAUGAGGCAAGUGACGCCGGCUCCUGGGAGAGUGGUAGUACUGCCGUUACCGCGGUUUUUGACCUUGACUACGGUUACGAAGAGGAUGAAGACGAAGGCGAAGGCGAAAGCGGUACGUUGGACGACCGUCAAGUGGUGAAUCAGGUUGAUGAUGGUGAUGAGGCACCUGAAGCUAUCCCUGCUGAGCUUGACACUAAUGCGACACCAGCACUUGAUGAAGUAGAUGGUAUCACGAUAGUGAAGGGGAAGAAGGGACUUAAAGUUCACAAGGAACAACUCGUGGCUCAGCUGAGUGCGAGCUGUGGCGUGCCCACACCGCUGAUGAAUGAAAGUGCGGCUGAGUUCCUCACACGUACAUCCGCAUUUUGGACGACAAUGGCGGAGGAGUCGUUUAAGGACGCGGGGAACACGAAGCCUCAGUCCGAGCGGAGAAUACAAAAGGAAGCCGGGAGGUUCGCCAAUCGACGUUACCGUGAGGCGAAGAAACUUCUUGAGCAACUUCGUCUCGUCGAAGAGCGUGAGGAGGAGGAAGCACGCUUCUUUCGAGAAUUGCGCCGACAGAAAGAAAAGGAAUGGGAGGAAUACGAACAGCAGUUGGCUGAAAAAGGUGAAGGAGAUGAAAAUAGUUGA